GUGGCCCUUGUCCUGGGGACUCCGUUAUAAAUGCCCAGGCCAGGUGAGGGCUGCCGUACUCUCUCAAGGGUGCGACACGCCUGCCUCCUCUCCAGCACUCCCGGGUGUACAGCCGCCUGACCGAAGAUGUGUGACGAGGAAGAGACCACCGCCCUGGUGUGUGACAAUGGCUCCGGCCUGGUGAAAGCCGGCUUUGCCGGAGAUGACGCCCCCCGAGCUGUCUUCCCCUCCAUCGUCGGCCGUCCUCGUCACCAGGGCGUGAUGGUGGGCAUGGGGCAGAAAGACAGCUACGUGGGGGACGAGGCCCAGAGCAAGAGGGGCAUCCUGACCCUAAAGUACCCCAUCGAGCACGGGAUCAUCACCAACUGGGACGACAUGGAGAAGAUCUGGCAUCACACCUUCUACAAUGAGCUGCGUGUGGCCCCCGAGGAGCACCCCGUCCUGCUGACAGAGGCCCCUCUGAACCCCAAGGCCAACAGGGAGAAGAUGACCCAGAUCAUGUUUGAGACCUUCAACGUCCCAGCGAUGUACGUGGCCAUUCAGGCAGUCCUGUCCCUGUACGCCUCCGGCCGUACCACCGGGAUCGUGCUAGACGCGGGCGAUGGCGUCACCCACAACGUACCCGUCUACGAGGGCUACGCCCUGCCCCAUGCCAUUAUGAGGCUGGACCUGGCCGGCAGAGACCUGACCGACUACCUCAUGAAGAUCCUGACUGAGAGAGGCUACUCCUUCGUCACCACCGCCGAGCGUGAGAUCGUGCGCGACAUCAAGGAGAAGCUGUGCUACGUGGCGCUGGACUUUGAGAACGAGAUGGCCACCGCUGCCUCCUCCUCCUCGCUGGAGAAGAGCUACGAGCUGCCCGACGGACAGGUCAUCACCAUCGGCAACGAGAGGUUCCGUUGCCCGGAGACCCUUUUCCAGCCCUCCUUCAUUGGAAUGGAGUCCGCUGGUAUUCACGAGACCACGUACAAUGGCAUCAUGAAGUGUGACAUUGACAUUCGUAAGGACCUGUACGCCAACAACGUGCUCUCCGGGGGUACUACCAUGUACCCCGGUAUUGGUGAUCGCAUGCAGAAAGAGAUCACCGCCCUGGCACCCAGCACCAUGAAGAUCAAGAUGAUCGCCCCCCCUGAGAGGAAGUACUCGGUCUGGAUCGGCGGCUCCAUCCUGGCCUCCCUCUCCACCUUCCAGCAGAUGUGGAUCAGCAAGGAUGAGUACGAGGAGGCAGGGCCCUCCAUCGUCCACCGGAAGUGCUUCUAAACCCCGCCCCCUCCUCCACCGUCUGCCUGUCAGAGCCUCUCACUGUCCAGUGGAAACCCCGCCCACUUUCAAAAGGCUUGCUCAAAACUGCUGUUCUUCAGUGCGCCGAUUCUGUUGUACAUUGCGUAAUAAAUACUGCUGCUCAGUAUUAA